GUUUUAUUUCAAUACGAAGAAAGCCGUAAGGUUCUUGACCUUCAUCAAAAUGAAGAUGUUGCUGUAAAAGUUAAAGAGUGUUUUAGCCUGGACAGUGAAGCACGGAUAAUUUUCCAAAAGUAUGAAGAAGACUGGGGGGAGUGGGUCGAUGUUACCGUUCAAAACAUUGAACACAAGGAUAAAAUCCAAGUGCAUGUUUUGCAGUCGAAGCCACCUCCAAAUGUUUCACAACCUACAUCCGUCGAUCAGGUAUGUCUGCACUGAUUUAUGUUUAUAAUACUUUAGUUUUUGAAAAAGUUUUUGGAACUGAUCUGUUUGCAAACCCUAAUUGUUUUUGCUUUUUUUUUUUGCACAGCCCAAAGAUUCCCUGCACACAACAAGAAAUGAGAAGGGAAGUGUUAAAGGUAAACAAACUUGUCAUUUGUUUGAUUAUUAUUCUUGCCAAAUAAUAGUAGGAUAAAACAAAAAUCUGAAAAAAUGUGGUCUAUAUUUCACAUGUGAUAGCAAAUUGUGCAUCACAUUUACUUUAAGGUGCAGAUACCUUAUAAAUGAAGUACUAUAAUUGACUAAGAAUAUAUAUUACAAUGACCAAAUAUUUUAAUACUUGUCUACUAAAGAAGCUGUUCUUCUGACAGUAUGUCUUGAAUAUUUACUUUAAUUUUAAAUAAGAAAAAUGAAGUUGAAUCUUUUGAUACUCCAAUUAUAGUGUUCAUAUUGUGAAUUUUGUGAAUAAAUUUCAAGGCUUCUGCCUUAGAAAAAUUUAAAGGAGCCCACAAGGCCAAAAACUGAGAAGUUAUGAGCCCAGCCUGAGAAAAGUUAAAUGUUAGGAAAAACAUUUACUGGGCACCAAAAACAGUACCUUGGGUGUCCCAGACUACCGGAAACCUGCUAGGCAACAGCCUUGCAUCCUAAAUACAAUAUAUAAUAAUUAUUUUUCACCCUCAGGGAACUGUUCUGGUAGUGGUUCAAAACAGACAACCUUAUUGAUGAAAGAUGGAGCAGUUUCAAUUGGGCCUGCUUUAGAGGUAGGAACUAUGCAAUUAAAAUUUGGUUUUCCAACAAAAAUAUUCAUAUCUCCUCCGUGGGUGGUAAUGGAAAUUUCAAGAAGCAGGGUGGGGCCCAGAGGACCACUAGAAGUACAAAGAAUGUAUACACUCAUCUGGUACCAUUUGCAGAAACAAAACAUUUCCUGA